GAAAUAAAGCGAGAACCUGACAAAUAGUGAAAUGCAACUAGCAUUGUAACCAAAACCAGAAAAUGGAAGAAAUGCAUUUCUGUGUGUGUACGAAUCAACUUCAUUUCAUCUUUCAUUUCAUCUUCAUUUCAACUUCAUUUCGUUUUAGCAUGACUUGACUUGACCCGACCCAUUUCAAAAUAUCACUAAGCCAUGCUACUUCUACUCCACUUUCUGCAUGCUACUCCCUACGAAAACUCCAAAACGACAAUGUAGUUGUCGUUUUCAUCUUUUCCAUUUUCAACUUCUCUCUUUUCAACCUAGUUUUUUUGUUUUUUGAAAUGCCACCUUCAUCAAACCCUUGUUGUGAGGAAGAAGAUGUUGGCGAUUUCAAGUGGGGGAAUAGGAAAGAAAUUGAUGUUGGAAACAAAGAUACAGUGUUCUAUGAAUCGUUUGUUUACGACGGUGUUGACUAUUUUCUGUAUGAUUGUGUUUAUUUUUUCCAUACUGAUCAUGUUGAGACUUCUGUUGGUAAGCUUGUGAAGAUGUUUGAGACAGGUGGGAGAAAGAUGAUUGAAGUUGUUUGGUUUUUUCGGCCUUUGGAAAUUCGGAAUUUCUUUGGGAGUCAUCAGCCUCUUUGGAAUGAGUUGUUUUUGGCUUCUGGAAAUGGAAAAGGUGUUUCCAAUUGCAAUUUAUUGGAAUCAAUUAUUGGAAAAUGCAGUGUUGUUUGCACUUCAGAGGAUAGGAGAAAUCCCAAACCAUCUGAAACAGAGCGAAAGAAAGCAGAUUUCUAUUUCAAAUGUACUUUCAAUGUUGAUAGGUGUGCUAUCGAUGAUAAAUUUCCUGAUACGAUUAAUGGAAUUGAAGUGGAGCAAUUCUUUAAUAGGAAAGGGGAUAAAAAGACCAGUGAUUAUCGGCAUCUUGAGGCAAAUAAAAUUCCUAGAGUGACAAAAAAAAUAAAAAUAAAGAAGAGAAUUCCUGUGAAUAUUAAAGAUAAAGAUGGAGUUGCAAAUGAGGCUAGAACUAAGACUUCUCCUUCUGAUAUCUUGCAUCGGAAAGUUGAAGAUAAAGAUGAAUUGGGAGCUUCUAAGAAUGUCUCGCCAAAGAUACUGAUGAGGACAUCUGAGAAUUUUAGAGAUGAAAAUGAAGCCAAUAUUAAGAUUGCUCCUUCUGAUAUCUUGCAUCGGAAAGUUGAAGCUAAAGAUGAAUUGGGAGCUUCUAAGAAUGUGUCGUCAAAGAUAAUGAUGAGGACUUCUGAGAAUUUUAGAGAUAAAAAUGAAGCCAAUAAUAAGACUGCUCCUGAUAUGUUGUGUUUGAAAAUUGAAGAUAAAGAUGAAUUGAGAGCUUCUGAGAGUUUUAGAGAUAAAAAUGAAGCCAAUUUUAAGACUGCUCCUUCUGAUAUGUUGUGUUUGAAAGUUGAAGAUAAAGAUGAAUUGAGAACCUCUGAGAAUGUCUCAUCCAAGAUAAAGAUAACUUCUGAGAACUUUAGAGAUAAAGAUGGAGCUAAGAUUAAGAUUGGUCCUUCUGAUAGCUUGCAUGGGAAAGUUAAAGAUAAACAUCAAUUGAGAAUUUCUGAAAAUGUCUCGCCAAAGAUAAAGAUGGGACCUUCUAAAAUUUUUAAAGAUAAAGAUGGGGUUAGGAUUAAGAUCGCUCCUUCUGAUAUGUUGCAUUUAAAAGUUAAAGAUAAAGAUGAAAUGAUAAUUUCGGAGAAUGUAUCGACAAAAAGAUUCUUAGAUUCUUAUCCGUCUAAAAAGAGGAAGUUCACAGAAGAGAAGUCAGUCAUUGGUCAAAUUAACAACUACCAAAAGAAAGAGGUAUUUGACGGGAAGGAAGAAUUUAGACAGGAUGGAAGUGUCAACCAAAACAGGAAAGUUACUGAGGUGACUGAAAGGCCAAAUGCAGAGAAAAGAAAGUGGUUUAAGAAAAUGCCUUGGGAAGGAAGACUACAGAAAGCUCAAGAGUUGGAUACCCUUGUUUUACUGAGUAAUCUGGAUCCAUCCUACACGUCCUAUGAAAUUGAGGAUCUUGUUUGGCAUGCACUCAAAGAAAAGGUUGAGGCAAGGAUGAUAGAGUCGAGCCCGACUUCCAAUGUAUACUAUGGUAGAGCAUUGGUUAUUUUCAAAACAAAAGAUGCAGCUGCAAAUGCAAUAUCUGAGUUGACAAGGAAGUGCCUUGUUCUUGAAGAUGGGAGGGUUGUGACUGCCAGGAAGGGAAGUGUUAGAGAUCCAGUCAAGCAAAGCACAUUCACUGGCCAUCUGACUAUUAGUAGAGCCGUGCAUCACAAGCAAAGCCGAGAGAUGAGAAAUGCUGUAUCAACAUCACAUUGUUCACAACCCAAUACAAUUGAAUACGCAAUGGCAAUUGAAUGGGCGCAUCAAUAUGAUAAGUCCGAGGCAUGUUGGAAGGCCUUAUGUGAGAAACAAAUGAAGGAGAUAGAAGCUGUGAAGAGAAAACUUAGAACAGACCGGAUAUUUUUUGAAGGCUCAUAGAUAAAAGGAAACCACACAUGUUGCUGUCUGUCCAUUUUUGUGUUCAAUGUUCAUACAUUUCAGACCAAAGAAAAAAAGUUAGUACAUAGAAGAAAGAAGAAAAAAUGUUAGUACAUAGUAUUCAAAAUUUAUAUUUGAAUAGCAUUUAUUGAUUACAAUUUCCUCCUAAUAUUUUUAGUGAUAUCCUAGAGAGAGGUUAGAAUGUAAUGUUUUAUCUUAUUCAUAUAAUCAAGAGUAGGAGUGGUAAAA